AUGACGCCGGCAUGUUCUCUUCCAUCCAGGCUUUACGAAGGCAAAGAGCAGACGGAGUUUGAAGAAUCCAUGAGACGCCUCUUUGAGUCCAUCAACAACCUGAUGAAGAGCCAGCACAAAACCACCAUCCUUUUACAGGUGGCGGCUUUGAAAUACAUCCCGUCCGUCCUGCACGACGUGGAGACGGUCUUCGACGCGAAGUUGCUCAGCCAGCUCCUGUACGAGUUCUACACCUGCAUUCCUCCCGUGAAGCUGCAGAAGCAGAAGGUGCAGUCCCUGAGCGAGGUCGUCCAGAGCAACCUGUUCAAGAAGCAAGAGUGCCGGGACAUCCUGCUUCCGGUCAUCACGAAGGAGCUGAAGGAGCUCCUGCAGCAAAGGGACGAGGGGCACCAGGCCCUGGAGAAGAAGCACUGCGUGGAGCUCCUGAACAGCCUCCUGGAGGUGCUGAGCGGCCAGGACCCGGCCUUCACCUACCACCACAUCCAAGAGAUCAUGGUGCAGCUGCUGCGCACGGUGAACCAGACCGUCAUCGCCAUGGGCCGAGACCACGCUCUGAUCAGUCAUUUCGUGGCCUGCAUGACCGCCAUCUUGGACCAGAUGGGGGACCAGCACUACUCCUUCUACAUCGAGACCUUCCAGACCAGCACCGACCUCGUGGACUUCCUGAUGGAGACCUUCAUCAUGUUCAAGGACCUGAUUGGGAAGAACGUGUACCCCGGGGACUGGAUGGCCAUGGGCAUGGUGCAGAACAGGGUCUUCCUGAGAGCCAUCAACAAGUUUGCCGAGAUCAUGAACCAGAAGUUCCUGGAGCACACGCACUUCGAGUUCCAGCUGUGGAACAAUUAUUUUCAUCUGGCAGUGGCUUUUAUCACGCAGGAUUCUCUGCAGCUGGAGCAGUUCUCCCACGCCAAGUACAACAAAAUCCUGAGCAAGUACGGCGACAUGAGGCGGUUAAUUGGCUUCUCCAUCCGUGACAUGUGGUACAAGCUGGGCCAGAACAAGAUCUGCUUCAUCCCUGGCAUGGUGGGGCCCAUCCUGGAGAUGACGCUCAUCCCCGAGGCCGAGCUCCGGAAAGCCACCGUCCCCAUCUUCUUUGACAUGAUGCUGUGCGAGUUCCAGAGGAGCGGCGACUUCAAAAAGUUCGAAAACGAGAUCAUCCUGAAGCUGGACCACGAGGUGGAGGGCGGCCGGGGCGAUGAGCAGUACAUGCGGUUGCUGGAGUCCAUCCUGAUGGAAUGUGCGGUGGAGCACCCGGCCAUCGCCAAGUCUGUGGAGAACUUCGUGAGCCUGGUGAAGGGGCUGCUGGAGAAGCUGCUGGACUACCGGGACGUGAUGGCGGACGACAGCAAGGACAACCGCAUGAGCUGCACUGUGAACCUGCUGAAUUUCUAUAAGGAUAACAACCGGGAGGAGAUGUACAUAAGGUACCUGUACAAGCUCCGAGACCUCCACCUGGACUGCGACAACUACACAGAGGCGGCCUACACGCUGCUCCUGCACACCUGGCUGCUCAAGUGGUCGGAUGAGCCGUGCACGUCGCAGGUGGUGCAGACGGGCCGGCAGUCCCCGCAGACUCACCGGCAGCUGAAGGAGGCGCUCUACGAGACCAUCAUCGGCUACUUCGACAAAGGAAAGAUGUGGGAGGAGGCCAUCAGCUUGUGCAAGGAGCUGGCAGAGCAGUACGAGACCGAGCUCUUCGACUACGAGCUGCUCAGCCGCAACCUGAUCCAGCAGGCAAAGCUGUAUGAGAACAUCAUGAGGGUCCUGAGGCCCCGGCCAGACUACUUUGCCGUCGGGUACUACGGCCAGGGGUUCCCCUCCUUCCUGCGGAACAAGGUGUUCAUCUACCGGGGGAAGGAGUAUGAGCGGAGGGAGGACUUCCAGGCGCAGCUCCUGAGCCAGUUCCCCAACGCCGAGAGCCUGACCACCACCUCCGCCCCCGGGGAGGAGGUGCGGGCCGCGCCCGGCCAGUACAUCCAGUGCUUCACGGUCCAGCCUGUCCUGGAUGAGCACCCCCGGUUCAAGAACAAGCCUGUGCCUGACCAGAUCAUCAACUUUUACAAGUCCAACUACGUGCAACGGUUCCACUAUUCCCGGCCGGUGCGCAGGGGUGCGGUGGACCCCGACAACGAGUUCGCUUCCAUGUGGAUCGAGAGGACGUCAUUCCUGACCGCGUACAAGCUGCCCGGCAUCCUGCGCUGGUUCGAGGUGGUCCACAUCUCCCAGAGCACCAUCAGCCCCCUGGAGAACGCCAUCGAAACCAUGUCCGCGGCCAACGAGAAGAUCCUGAUGAUGGUCAACCAGUACCAGAGCGACCCCGGCCUGCCCAUCAACCCACUGUCCAUGCUGCUCAACGGCAUCGUGGACCCGGCCGUCAUGGGCGGCUUUGCCAAGUACGAGAAGGCCUUCUUCACUGAGGAGUACUCCCGGGAGCACCCCGAGGACCAGGACAAGCUGCACCGGCUCAAGGAUCUGAUCGCCUGGCAGAUCCCCUUCCUGGGGGCUGGAAUCAAGAUCCAUGAGAAGCGGGUGUCAGACAACCUGCGGCCCUUCCACGAGCGGAUGGAGGCCUGCUUCCAGAGCCUCCGGGCGAAGGUCGAGCGCGAGUACGGAGUCCGGGAGAUGCCAGACUUCGAGGACAGGAGGGCCGGCCGCCCGCGGUCCAUGCUGCGCUCCUACAGGCAGAUGUCGGUCAUCUCGCUGGCUUCCAUGAACUCCGACUCGGGCACCCCCAGCAAGGCCAACCCCGAGAGCUUCGACCUGGAGGCCGGACCCCCCAGGACCCCGAGAGCCGAGGAGGAGCCCAUCUCCCCCGGGAGCACGCUCCCCGAGGUCAAGCUGCGCCGCUCCAAGAAGAGAGCCAAGCGAAGCAGCGUGGUGCUCGCCGGCGAGAAGCCGGCCGAGUCCGAGCUGAAGCGGCUCUCCAGGAAGCACGAGUUCAUGAGCGACACCAACCUGUCGGAGCACGCGGCCGCACCCCCGCGCACCUCCGUCCUCUCCCAGAUGAGCUUUGCCAGCCAGUCCCUGCCCACCAUCCCAGCCCUCACGCUCUCCGUGGCCAGCUCAGCGGGGCUGGAUGAGGCCGGCACAUCCCCACGCCUCAGCCAGGCCUUCCUGCACCUCUCGGACGGGGACAAGAAGACCCUGAAGAGGAAGAAAGUGAACCAGUUCUUCAAAACCAUGCUGGCCAGCAAGUCGGCUGAAGAAGGCAAGCCGCUGCCGGACUUCCUGUCCACAGACCUGUGACCGUCCCGCUGCUCAGAGAAGGUUCCAGAAGAGAGGCGGAUGUCAAAGCCUCCAAGAAUGAGAACUGUAACCCCCUCAGUGGCCCUCACUCAGAAGAGACAGGCGGGCCGGACCCCAGGGCUUGGACGGCCACGAGUCCAGCAUUCCUGCGAGUGGGGUCACUCUGUGGCUGGGGGGCCAAGCCCUGGAUCCCCACCAUGCCCCAGCAUGUUCCAGCAUGCCCCCACGCACUCUGCCAGCAUGCCCGCACCCCUCAACCCCACUUCCUAGGCAUAGGAGCGUUUUUAUUUCAUUUUCCAAGGGUCAGCACCUAAGGGCCAAAAGAUCCUAGAAUACUCUUUCAUACUUUCAGUUAAGGGUUGUGUACUUCUCUCGUAACGCAACUACCCAGCUGCUUUGACCGUCUCAGGAGUGUUGCUCUUUCUUACAAUAAAAUAAUCCCAUGCCUCAGAUAAA